AUGGCAUUGGUGCUUCGUGUCUUCAAGCAUGAGGGUGCAGUGUUCGUCGCUCGGACACACAUUCAAGAUGUCAUUGACAUCCCCAACCGACCUUUGAUGCAGAGCAUUGUGCCAACACAUGCUGACCUUGGUGGUCUCACCAUCAACGAGUUGAAAGCGUUGAUGAGGGUGGGUGGGCGCUUCGUGUAUGGCGCUGUUCGGAAAGCCAACCUCGUCGAUUGGAUGAUGACCAAUUGGGAUGACUGGGUGCGCAAUGUCGCAAUUCGUGCAGGUGCCACUCACUACUACAUUGGGAACACACGCAUGUCAGUUGCCCCAGCAUCUGAUGAUGGCAGUGUGGAGGCGUCCGAUGAGCCAGAUGAGAUAGAGGAGGGUGAUGCCGACAGUAGCAACGAUGAAAGCGAUGACGGCAUCAACGAGCAAGUCAAGUUCAUCUACGGGUUUGAGAACACUGGCAAGGACAUCUACGAUUGGUUCAACAACUAUGUUGAGGAGGGCACCUACCACUUGAAGUGGUCUGCUGAUGGCAUUUCGGUUCUUCAAGACCAUGACCGCUUGGAGAACUACUUUACCAGCGAGGGUGCUUCCAUUCACUUUGUGCCUUUGCUUCGGGGUGGUGGAUAG